AUGGAAAAUGGGAAAUACACCUCCUGGGCAGAAUUAUUUCGUAUCCAUUGUCGGGCCUUUCAAGUUGGUAAUCACAUCGACUCUUCAUUUAAGCCACCUUCCUCAUCUCCAUCUUUUUCUACAGCUACUGAGGUCGAGAAAACCAAAGCUGUUGUUGAAUAUGAAACAUGGUCACGUCUUGACGCCAUCAUCCUCCAAUGGAUAUACGAGACCAUCUCAAACAAUCUUCUACACACCAUUCUGAAACCUAACACCUUUGCAUCUCAAGCUUGGACUGUCCUUGAAAACAUUUUUCAACACAAGCAAAGCACACAAGUCGUCUAUCUUGACAGUAAAUUCGUCUCCACAAGACUUGAUCACCAUCCCAACAUCUCUUGUUACUGUCAAGAUAUGAAGAUGUUAGCAGACCAACUAGAAAAUGUCGAAAAUCCAGUCUCAAAUCAACGACUUUUUGUACAGUUCAUUGUUGGCCUUAAUGAAAGCUACGAAGGGCUAGCCAUGCUCAUUCAACAAAAAACCCCAUUGCCUGAUUUUUAUGAAUUUCGGUCCAAACUUGUCAUGGAGGAAUCCUAA